CACUCGGUCACGGCAUUUUUGUUAGAACUAGAAGUGGAAAAGCAGCAGCGGUAGUAAACUAUAGUGCCACUCUCUCAUUAGGAAAAGACUCGCGUCAUCUCGAUGGAAUUCUGCGGUGUGAAAAAGUGGUGUUAAUUGUGUUGAAAAUUGCGUUUACCGGAAAGGGAACUUUUUAUAGCCAUUUUUGGUCCUGGUUAGUUCGGUGCGGUGAUGGGGUGCUUCGAGAGCAAAUCCAGCGAUCAGCAUCAGCCUACGGCUGUUCGCGGAUGUACGGAUAUUUUCUGGCUGAUUGUCUACGUUCUGUUUUGGGUUGCCCUGCUAAUAAUUGCCGUCUUUUCAUUCGUGUAUGGCAAUCCAUUGCGUAUCAUCAACGGCUAUGACUCGUUCGGCAAUACAUGUGGCGUUGAGAGCAACGAAAAAUUUUCCCAUUUCCCUCUUUCGGGUAUGAACACGCUCGACAAACCAUACGUUUUCUUCUUAGACAUCAAGGAACUGCGCCAGACGUUGAAAAUAUGUGUUAAGGAAUGCCCUAAAAGGGAAAUCGCGAGCGCAAUAGAAUUAUACCGGUACUAUGAGGAACGCGGGGCACAAUAUUGUCGGUAUGAUUUUAACAUGAGUCUCCUGACAACACAGGAAGCGUCUGGCCCGAAAUACUUCGCCUUCGCCGGUCCAUGCCCAAAGUUUCCAGUUCACGAACAAUCACCUGUGCUGCAUCGUUGCAUUCCGACCGGCAAAAACGCUCCACUGCAUCAGGUGAAGGACAUGUAUGCGCUGAUCAAUUCAUGGGGUGCUGCCCAACAGAUUUUUAGCGAUCUAUAUAAAACCUGGCCAACCAUCGUGCUUAUCUGUGCCCUUAGCUUGAUUUUCUCCAUUAUCCUGAUAACAAUGCUGCAUUGGUUAACAUCGAUUAUUUCGUGGCUAAUCUGUAUCUUUGUCGCAGUUGCUAGUAUUGGAAUCACCGGCAUUCUAUGGUGGAGCUAUUAUAAGUCGAAACACAGCAUGGAUGUGGACCCAAAAAUGUCCUACUUGGAAGAACUGGUGCGCAAUGAGACUACGAUUUACGUGCUCGCUAUUUUGGCUACCUUUAUAAUGAUCAUUUUAUUAGUUAUUAUUUACUACCUGCGUGAGAAACUAAGCGGUUUGGCUGCUCUGUUCGAAGAGGCGGGAAAAUGUAUGAUUGAGUUACCAGGCUUAGCCGGCCCGCCAGUACUUGCGUUCAUUGCGCUGGCGAUAUUUCUCACCUUUUGGGUGGUGGUCAUUGUUUGUUUAGCCACCGCCAACUAUCCGCAUUCGAAACCGUUGCUGCCCUUCACACAGCUCAAGGAGAACCCGAACAAGACUGAGGCCACCGUUAAACCGGACGUGGCUAUUAUCAAUAAUACCUACAAAUCACUUGAAUUGGUGGAAUAUCCUGAGGCCGACUACUUACGUCACAUGCUUUGGUUGUACAUUAUUGGUCUAGUGUGGACAACGGAGUUUAUUUUUGCCUGCCAACAGUUGGCUAUAGCGGGAGCCGUUGCGUAUUGGUAUUUCCGUAAACCGACUGACACUCCCGUACUGCAAGCCAUUGCCAAACUGGUGAAGUAUCACUUGGGUUCGGUGGCUAAAGGAUCGCUAAUCAUUACGCUUUUCAAGAUACCUCGCUUGAUAUUGACUUAUCUCUAUGCAAAGCUGAAGCGCCACCAACAGGAAGGUUCGGAGUGUGCCAGUUGCUGUCUUAAGUGUUGUAUCUGCAGUUUUUGGUUGCUAGAGAAGUUUAUCCGUUAUUUGAAUCACAAUGCCUAUACUGUGAUAGCGAUUGAAAGUGUUAAUUUUUGUCCGGCGGCCAAAAUCGCAUGGAAUGCGCUGGUCACAAAUGCCCUGCAGGUGGCCACCAUCAAUGGUAUCGGUGAUUUUGUGCUGUUCCUGGGUAAGCUAGCGGUAGCUGCCCUGUGCGGAUUGAUCAGUAUUCUCAUGCUGCGUGAUAAUCCCAAUGUGCACUUUUACAUGGCUCCCGUUAUAAUAAUCACGAUAUUCUCCUUCUUCAUUGCUCACAUUAUUCUGUCGCUGUAUGAGAUGGUAGUCGAUACAUUGUUCCUCUGCGUUUGUGAGGAUCGAACGAUCAACGGCAACUCAGGUCGUUGGAAAGAAAGCAAUUUAGCCCGCUUGCUUGGUGAAUCACCGGAAACCGAUGCCGUGGAAGCUCCGAUGCAAGUAGUCGAAAUGACCGCCAUCACAAAACAACCCUUUUCAGUGCAAAAUCUGCAAAUGACUGACAUCGAUAACAACACGGCUUAAACCGAUUUACCUCUGCAACAGUCGACUGUUGAGGCACAUAAAAGACGGCAUAUUUGUCGAUGUAGUACGCAGUAGAACAUAUAUGAGUCUCUCCUCUAAUAGGAACGCAGUUAGCGGCUGUUAGAACGCGGGAGUUAUUUUAGAUCGAAUACUAUUUUUUUACAAUCUCAAAUGUAGAUUCACUUAGGCAACAAUGUGUUUUUAAAAAAGCUUUAACAGCUAGCAUCUGUUUACAAGAUGGCAUUUUCACCAAGGGAAUCAAUUCCAUCCAGAUUUUGUAAGAUAUAGUUUAUGUAUAUCAUCGGUCGCACGCACACGUAUAUUGACGCUCAACCUUGGGUUUACGAAUUCAUGAUAAAAAUUAUAUUUAAUAUUUAUACUACAUUUGCAAGGAUAUUAUCAAAAUUCAUCAUAACUCUUAGGAUACAUUAUAUACAAAAUAACAUACUAUCACUCGUCGUAACACUUCGAAAUAUUCAACUAUUUAUAAUUUGUUAAUGGUCCUCCAAAGUUACAAAGCCAAGCCAACAUGAAAUAUUUAUCCUAUCGUAAACAAACACACACAUUAAUGUUCAUCACUUGUUGCAAAAGUAUUUUAAACAGAUGUUAUCUCCAUAUUGAUGUUUGAUAAAUGCCAUUUCAGAUUAUAGAUCAAACUGUUGUGAUGAUGAGUUUAUUGUAUGAAUAAAACUUAUACGCAAAUAUAAUAUUCCUACUUAAAU